AUGAAGAGGUAAGUUGAAAGUAUAGCAUACCAUUAGAGUUUACUGUGUUUGUACGAAGCUACAAUAACAUAAUUUGACAUGCAAAAAUGCGAAAUUAUGUUAAGAGAAAAAGUUGACGCGAGUUUGUUUGUGUGCCAAGUCUUUCACUGUAAACAAACAUGCAGAUUUCUAGCGAAGUUUUAGUAAAUUCCACAUAUGCAAAUAUACAAAGCUGAAAAAGUAAGUUUUGACAUAAAUUUAAACUCAUUAUAGUUGGAAAAAUCAUAUUUUGUUCAUGAAAAGACAAGAAAUCGAAGUUGUACCACUUGUUAUUGUUCUGUCAAUGGUGCAGUAACUUUAUAAAGGAAAAAGUGGAUACCGUAAGCAUUAUCAAGUACUGUUUCAUAAAAAAUAAGUAUGAUUUAUAAUGAUUUUCAUUUUUUUGUGAUAAAAUAGGUCAAAACUAUCAGUAGUUUUUAAGUGCAUUUCACCUUGUGUAUAAGACUUUGUAGUGUAAUUUCAAAAAGUUUCUCUCACAUUUUUAUACCUCAUAAAGUUUUUAAUCAGUCAAAGUUGAGGCAACAGUGGGAGCGUCGAAAGCUUUGUAACAUUUCACGUUUCACAAUGGAGAAUAUAAUAUUGAAGGGGGCUGAUAGAAGUUCCCUCAAUACCUCUGAAUUCGACCCUUUCGGAGACGAUUUUCCAGUUUUUUGUUUGUUUGAAGCUUUUACAAAAACCACUUGCGGUUAUUUAAAGGCUAAUUUUAAGCCUGAAACUUGUUCAAAUACCUAAAAUUCUCCUGUUUUUUCAAGUUUUUAGUUGAAAAUGUUGGUAAAUAAAGUCAAAAAAGAAGUUUACAUUAAUGUAAAAGUUCUAUAUGGAAUUAAUAAAACUGUAUUUUACUUUUUUAAGGUCACUGAACCUAGCCAAAAACAUGUUGACCGCUCCAGCGGCCGAACGAAAUAAGCAGCCGAUUCUGGACGUUAUCAAGCGAUUCUAUCCUCAAGAAUUCAACGGAAAGGUAAAAUACGGGCAACUUACUUUUUAAAGCGUAAAAUACGAUGGCUUGCUCUGUAAAAAAAUAAUUUUUGUCAACAUUAUUUUAAUAAAAUUUUAGGCUUUGGAAAUAGCCUCAGGUACCGGAUCUCACGUAAUCCAUUUCGCUUCGAAUUACCCUAACAUAACAUUCCAGCCUUCUGAAUGUAAUCCUAGGAACCUUCACUCAAUUGUGGCACAUGUUGAUCAUUUUAGGGUAAGAAUUCAAUGUUUUUUGAAAUAAUGAGCUUUCGUACUCAAUACGUUAUUUUUUGGUCAAAAAUGAAAUAGAACUCUAUAAAUGACACUUAUUUAAUACCUAAUUUAUAUCUAUUUUAAACAAAAUGAUCAAAAUGUAUUUUAUUGUAAUACAUCUUAUUUUAGCUUGACAACGUUAGAGUUCCAUUGUUCAUUGACGUAUCUCAUCCACCAGAUCGAUGGGCGUUGCCGGCUGACUUUGGACCGGCAAGUCUUGAUCUGAUGAUCAACAUUAACAUGAUUCACAUCUCGUCGAAUGCUGCAGUGGAAGGCCUUUUCAGGUCGGCAGAGGGUCUUCUGAAGAGUGGUAAGUUCACCAUUUUAACGCAAACUCCAAGUUUUAAUUUUUUUUCAUUAUCUAUUUCAAUAUGUUAAUGUUAAACAUCCAAAGUUGCAAAACAGGAAGAUACCUACUAUAAGAUCUAAAAAUGUCUGAAAAUAUGUAAACUAUCAGGUGGUCGACUGUUCACAUACGGUCCCUAUGGCCGCGACGGUAAGAUAACUCCAGAAUCCAACGUCAGAUUCGAUGAAUCCUUACGAAGAGACAACCCUGAGUGGGGAUUGCGGUCGAUUGAAGAACUGAACGAUCUGAGCGACAAACAUUCCUUAACAUUGACUGACGUCUUUGAGAUGCCCGCUAAUAACCAUACCCUCGUUUUUCGCAAACUGUAA